GCCGACCAGCAAAAAGCCGGCGCAGAUAUUGGAAAGAUUGUGAACAUGAUGAGUACAGAUGCUGGCCGAAUUUCCAAUACCGCUUCUGCUUUGACUAUGCUUUAUGGUGCACCGCUCGAGCUGAUUAUUGGAGCUAUUUUCCUUUACCAGCUACUAGGGAUAUCUGGUUUUGCCGGAUUUACGGUCUUGAUUUUGGGCUCGCCAUUGAAUGGAUAUUUGAUGACCAGAGGGAGAGAUAUCAACAAAGCUACAAUGGAGGCCCGCGAUAAGCGAAUGAAAGUCUUGACCGAGCUCAUAUCCGAAGCUAAAUUUAUCAAGUUUGGUGCUAGUGAAGAUAGUGAGCAGACAUCUAACCCUUUGAUCUCAUCUAGACAUAGAUUUAACAUGCUUCUUCAGAAUGGGUUCAGAAAUGUAUGGAUGCCCGAGCCAAAGAACUUAAACUCUUGA